CUCUCCAUUUCUUCCUCCUUUUUCCUUUGUUUCCUUUCAACUCUAAACCGCAGCCGCAGCUAGGCAGAAUUCCAACAAAAAAUUCUCUCAUAUCCCUCCACACCGCAACUCCAGCCCACUUAUACCCUCUCCUCUAAAAAGAAGUUGUCAAUCCCCUCUUCUCUCCUUCUCCGAUCAACCGCAAAGCUAAAGUUUCCUUGAUUCUCGCUUAAAUUUUAGAAAUUUUUUGGGCAAUUCUUCUCCAUUUCCCACAAAAAGAAAAACAUGAUUUCAAACAGAUAUCCAUGGCCAUGAUGUUUGGCAUCAUGGGCUUGGUGACAAACUAUUUGGGGAUGGGACCUAAGGCAAGCACAAAACGAUGAAGUCAGCUGUUGCAGUUUCAACAAACAAUUCCUGGAAGUGGUGUUAGAUCCUGUGGAUAAAUUCUCAGAGAAUGAAGCAUCUGGUGUAAACGGAGUUUGAAUGUCGAUGCUUAGAAAUUCUCUGUUAUAAUCCUCUUGCUUGUUUUUAAGGUGUACAUUGGAUAGAUUGAAGAUUACAUCUGCAAGUUGGCAAAGAGAGGAACAACAACAUCUCAGAAUGGUGUACUAUUUUGUGUGACUUGAGGGAUUUUUUUGAGCCGGCAGAACUUGCACAUGAGAUUCUUCUGUACCAUCAAUUGGGAAAUAAACAUCAAGGAUAAAUGUUUUCAAGAAGGGUGACGUUCAUAUUUGUAUUAACAAUCUGAUUCGUGAGAAUUAGAUGCUUGUCUUGCGAAACAAAUGGAAAUUUGAGCUAUGCCUCUAUGCCUUUCUACGCUUCACAGUCAAAUAUUUUGAUGACAUGGACGCUCUCUUUGACUAUGCUACCAAGCACUAAACUGGUUGCUUAUGCCUCAAGUCAGAUAGGCGUUUUGGAACCCUUAAGUUGCUCUGGUGGAAUAUGAGGCUAAGGCAAUUUCUUGGUAAAUUAUGUCUCCGAAGAGUGAUCUUGUGUAGAAUGUACAGUUCAAGAGAAUCCUUGCAGGAUAGUUCAGAUAUGGUAAAAAGGGUAUGUAAGAUUAUGAUGUCUUGCCCGAAACUUGGGCUUGAUACUGAGCUUGACCAGAAUGGGAUAAGGGUUUCCCCUGAAAUUGCUGAGGAAGUACUCAAGAGAUUUGAAAAUGCUGGAGUGCUGGCUUACCGUUUCUUUGACUGGGCAGGCAAGCAGCGUAAUUAUGAGCAUAGUGUUAAAGCAUACCACACCAUGAUUGAGGCUUUAGCUAAGAUAAGGCAGUAUCAGUUGAUGUGGGAUCUUGUGAAUGCAAUGAGAAGUAAGAAAAUGCUUAAUAUUGAGACAUUUUGUAUCAUUAUGAGGAAGUAUGCUAGGGCAAAGAAGGUGGAGGAGGCGGUGUACACCUUUAAUAUCAUGAAAAAAUAUGAUGUGCCUCCAAAUCUAGCAGCAUUCAAUGGCUUAUUGAGCGCUUUAUGCAAAUCAAAAAAUGUGAGAAAGGCUCAGGAAAUUUUUGAUAACAUGAAAGGUCAAUUUGUUCCUGACUCAAAGACUUAUAGCAUAUUGCUUGAGGGAUGGGGAAGAGCUCCCAAUCUGCCCAAGGCAAGGGAAAUUUACAGAGAAAUGGUGGAGGCAGGCUGUGAUCCUGACAUUGUGACUUAUGGGAUUAUGGUUGAUAUCCUGUGCAAAGCAGGUAGGGUUGAUGAAGCGGUUGAAAUAGUUAAGGAGAUGGAAUUCAGUGGUUGCAGGCCAACAUCAUUUAUAUACAGUGUUUUGGUUCAUACAUAUGGUAUAGACAAUCGGAUUGAAGAUGCUGUAGAUACCUUCCUUGAAAUGGAAAGUAGUGGAGUGGAGGCUGAUGUAGCUGUCUAUAACGCCUUAAUUAGUGCUUUCUGCAAAGUUAACAAGUUUCAGAAUGCUUACAGGGUUUUGGAUGAGAUGGAGGGCAAAAAGGUGACUCCCAAUUCAAGAACUUGCAACAUCAUCUUAAACAGUUUGAUUGGCUGUGGGGAGACUGAUGAAACUCUUAAAGUUUUUCGUCGGAUGAUUAAAAUUUGUGAGCCAGAUGCAGACACUUAUACAGUGAUGAUAAAGAUGUUCUGCGAUAGGGAUGAGCUUGAGAGGGCUUUCAAGGUAUGGAAGUACAUGAAAAAGAAAAGGUUCGUUCCUAGCCUGCAUACCAUAUCAGCCCUUAUCAAUGGAUUAUGUGACAAGGCGGAUGCCUCUAGGGCUUGUGUCUUAAUGGAAGAGAUGAUAGAGAAUGGAAUUCGUCCAGGAAGAGUGACUUUUGGCAAGUUAAGAAAUCUGCUUCUGAAGGAAGGGAGAGAAGAUGUACUUGAAUUUCUUCUGGAAAAAAUGAACCUUUUGGUUAAGGAGCCUUUAUGUGAUUGAGAAUCAGGAGUUCUGUGGGACAGUUAAUUAAGAUGAAGAAUCAAGAACCCAGAUUCAUGCAGUUUGAAAAUUUACAAUGCCAAGCGUUGGAAAAGACACCUGUUACCUGUUUAAGCAAGUGCUGCAUUUAACCGCUAUGGCUAUGAGACUAGUUAAGAGUUGGUCUGGCAGGUUUCUGGUAGGAAAAGGUUCUUGCCUUCCAAAUGUUCCAGAAGUUGCAAUUUAGGCAUUUGCCGGAGACUGUAGUUCGCACCACGGUUUGGACCGAAAUUUGAGUUCCAUGAAGCAAAUACUGUAAGAUACUUGUAUAAAAACAGUUUUGAGAACCACUUUUAGCACUGCAUAUGGAAUGCAUUGGUUGGCAAAAAAAUGAAUACGUAGACAACCAUGCAGACUUUAAACUACAAAAUAGGGAUUAAAACUUCUUGAUUUAGAUAUCA